UCUCAGCUCUGUGUGACUCAAGGGGGCGGUGCGGGCACCUAGCUGCGCGUGCGCAGAGCUUGUUCAAAGGGCCUUAUUUAGGUUGCGCAGGCGCUUGCUGGCCAUUUCUUCUCAGCCACGCCGAAGUCGUGUGUUCAGUUUGUGUGGACGCCAGGACGCCUUAGGAGACGAUGAUGUUGGGCACCGAAGGCGGAGAGGGAUUCGUGGUGAAGGUCCGGGGCUUGCCCUGGUCUUGCUCGGCAGAUGAAGUGCAGCGUUUUUUCUCCGACUGCAAAAUUCAAAAUGGGGCUCAAGGUAUUCGUUUCAUCUACACCAGAGAAGGCAGACCGAGUGGCGAGGCUUUUGUUGAACUUGAAUCAGAAGAUGAAGUCAAAUUGGCCCUGAAAAAAGACAGAGAAACUAUGGGACACAGAUAUGUUGAAGUAUUCAAGUCAAACAACGUUGAAAUGGAUUGGGUGUUGAAGCAUACUGGUCCAAAUAGUCCCGACACGGCCAAUGAUGGCUUUGUACGGCUUAGAGGACUCCCCUUUGGAUGUAGCAAGGAAGAAAUUGUUCAGUUCUUCUCAGGGUUGGAAAUCGUGCCAAAUGGGAUAACAUUGCCGGUGGACUUCCAGGGGAGGAGUACGGGGGAGGCCUUCGUGCAGUUUGCUUCACAGGAAAUAGCUGAAAAGGCUCUAAAGAAACACAAGGAAAGAAUAGGGCACAGGUAUAUCGAAAUCUUUAAGAGCAGUCGAGCUGAAGUUAGAACUCACUAUGAUCCACCACGAAAGCUUAUGGCCAUGCAGCGGCCAGGUCCCUAUGACAGACCUGGAGCUGGCAGAGGGUAUAACAGCAUUGGCAGGGGAGCUGGCUUUGAACGGAUGAGGCGUGGUGCUUAUGGUGGAGGUUAUGGAGGCUAUGAUGAUUAUAAUGGCUAUAAUGAUGGCUAUGGAUUUGGGUCGGAUAGAUUUGGAAGAGACCUCAAUUACUGUUUUUCAGGAAUGUCUGAUCACAGAUAUGGGGAUGGUGGCUCUACUUUCCAGAGCACAACAGGACAUUGUGUACACAUGAGGGGAUUACCUUACAGAGCUACUGAGAACGACAUUUACAAUUUUUUUUCACCGCUCAACCCUGUGAGAGUACAUAUUGAAAUUGGUCCUGAUGGCAGAGUAACUGGUGAAGCAGAUGUUGAGUUUGCGACUCAUGAAGAUGCUGUGGCCGCGAUGUCAAAAGACAAAGCAAAUAUGCAACACAGAUAUGUAGAACUCUUCUUGAAUUCUACAGCAGGAGCAAGCGGUGGUGCUUACGAACACAGAUAUGUAGAACUCUUCUUGAAUUCUACAGCAGGAGCAAGCGGUGGUGCUUAUGGUAGCCAAAUGAUGGGAGGCAUGGGCUUGUCAAACCAGUCCAGUUACGGUGGCCCAGCCAGUCAGCAGCUGAGUGGUGGUUAUGGAGGCGGCUAUGGUGGCCAGAGCAGCAUGAGUGGAUAUGACCAAGUUUUACAGGAAAACUCCAGUGAUUUUCAAUCAAACAUUGCAUAGGCAGCCAAGGAGCAGUGAACAGCAGCUACUACAGUAGCGGAAGCCGAGCAUCUGUGGGCGUGAACGGAAUGGGAGGGAUGUCUAGCAUGUCCAGUAUGAGUGGUGGAUGGGGAAUGUAACUGAUCCUGAUCACUGACUCUUGGUCACUGUUUUUUUAAAAGAAACAAAGUUUAACAGUUUUGCAAUACAAGCUUGUGAUUGAUGCUUACUCUAAGUGGAAAUCAGGAUUGUUUUAAAAGACUUAAGGUUCAGUAUUUUUGAAUACAUCUAGGAUGUAACAGCUGAGUAAACUAUAACUGUUAAACAAUUUUCAGCUUUUUCUCUAGUUCUAUUGUAGGAUGUACUUAAGCAGCAAGUGUAUUUAGGUUAAAGCAGUUGAAUUAUGUUAAAUGUUGCUCUUCUACAUUACAUUGAACACUGUUGGGAUGCAUGUUGAAAGACAUGCUUUUUUUGUAAAACUCAAUAUAGGAGCUGUGUCUACAAUUAAAAGUGAACACAUUUGGCAUGUUUGUUAAUUCUAGUUUCAUUUAAUAACCUCUAAGGCACGUAAGUUGAAUUUUUUUUUUUUUUUAAGUUAAUGGGGGACUUUGAGACUCAACACCAUACGUUAGGAUUUUGGUCUUGGUGUUUGUAUGAAAUUCUGAGGCCUUGAUUUAAACCUUUCCUUGUAUCGUGAUUUCCUUUUAGGUGUAUUGCGCUAAGUGAAACUUGUCAAAUAAAUCUUCCUUUUAAAAACUGCA